AGGUGAAGACACCAGAGAGUUCCGUCAGUUUCAGUAGAUUGCUUCCAGAAUAAACAUACAUGCUGCUCUCUUUGUUCAAUGGUGGAUUUGGAUUUUAUGUACAACAUGACGUUUGAGGAACUAAACGGGGAUUAUUCUCAGGAAAGGAUGGAGUCGGUGGAGAAGGCUUUGGAAGAAGUCCUCACUUCUGCAUUACCGCAAGGCUGCAUUACUGUGGGAGUAUACGAGGCGGCCAAAGCACUGAAUGUCGACCCUGAUAAUGUGGUCCUGUGCAUCCUGGCUACAGACGAUGAAGAUGUGGAAGAUGUGGCCCUGCAGAUCCAUUUCACCCUCAUUCAGGCUUUCUGCUGUGAGAAUGACAUCAACAUCCUGAGAGUCAACAACACCCGACGCCUGGCACAGAUACUGGGUGGAGGAGGGAAACAGGGCGGGGCUGAACCUCUCGACCUGCACUGCGUUCUUGUCACUAGCCCACACUCAUCGUCGUGGAAGGAUCCGGCUUUGAGUAAAGUGAACGUGUUCUGCAGAGAGAGCCGCUGCAUGGACCAGUGGGUACCCCUCAUCAAUCUGCCCGACCGAUGAAGACGUCACAGCAAAAUCCUCUGAGAGGACGUUAAUCUGCACAGGAAAAGUGG